GAGCAAUACGGUUUAUGGCCGCGUGACACUGUCCCGGACAACAUCGGCGUCCACGAACAGCUGGAUCCACGUUGGGUCCGCUUCGCUCGCAGUUGGGUCCCCCUGCCCUCGUACCCCGGGAUGGUAGCAUCGAACGCGACGGGAUUCGCGACAACCACGAGGUGGAAACGAGUGUCCAGCGUUUGAGGUCUCGGUGGUCGCGAGUAACGUCGUUCGGCUGGCAACGACCUGUGCCCGAUCGUCUCGAGUGGUUGCUCACGGGAACAGCCAGGCCUGGUGCCUCUGCUCUCCGAGCAAAGUGUGAACUCUGCCAGCGUCGAACCCGAAGCUGUGCGCGCCUCUAGUUAUCCUCGCCCCGGAGCCAGACUCUCGAAGCGCACGCUAAUCCUGAUCGGUUUCGAAGGCGUGUGCUCUCCCGGAGGAUAACCGUAACCGUACACGCCUGUUCGUCCCCCCGGUGCUCCAGGGAACGACGAGGAUAGACGUUCGCGGUGCCGUCGCGGUGGCAGCUACCGGAACAUACGUGUCCGUGUCGAUUCGCGAGUGAGAGUGUUAUUCGCGUGCGUGAGCGUCGCCGGCGACGUCCGGGGUCCUGGCGAGACGUCAACAUCUGGUAGCGUGUUUCCGGGCGCGCGAGCGCGCGGACGUCCCGUUCACCUCGCGCUGGAUCCGUGCACGGGUACCUCGGUCGGCUUCCGUGCGACUGGGACGUCCUCGAGUCGAUCUCCCCCCGGGUUCCUCGACCCGGUUUGUCCUGGUGCCACCGAGACGACGUUUCCAUCAGUGACCGGAACUGAACACAGUCUACGAUCCCUCCCGGAAGUGAUAGAUCUCACGGAUCGAAUGUAAGUUUCGUCUAUCGGUGCGAACACACACUCAGACGCGUGUAUAGUGAACUUUGGUGUGCGGUUGUUUUCUGGCGUAACGUGUCCGAGCAACGUCCAGAAGCCGCGUCCGGUAUGCCGUGGACACGAGCGUCCACGAGGAGCGUUUAGUGACCGAUCGGUGCCACGUUCUCGCGGCUGGUUAGCCAGCCGAGCGACGAGUCAGCUGUCGACCCAAGGAUUAUUCCUGCCAGCUAUCCCCGUGGACGUCCAUCUUCUAUUCGCAGAGACGGAGCAACAGAGGUCGUCUCAGUUUUCUUAAAUGGAACUCCGCAUUCUGUUCGCCAACACCUGGCCAAAAUGAACUGAAGAACUCGCGAUUUCAUGGUGCUUCAAGGUUUCGAUUACCACGGCUGCGAACACUGACGAAGAAUGCAAGCGGCUGGCUCGAUUUAACCUUUUCAAGUCAUUCCCCGAGUCGAAGGAUGCGGUGGGCGAGGAGGCACGCGAAGCACCUCUGCUGAAACGUUUUCCCCGGACACCACGCCACGAGCACUGCCAGCCGACCGAGGCCACUAGUAGCCUGACCCUGGGGCACAGCCAACAGCGAGGACGAAGUACUUAAAAGGUUUCAUGGAUCUAACGGAGGCAUUCGCCCCGGGAGGGGGCGGGGAGGAUCUGCCAAAGACCGACUUCUUCGACUUCGUCGUCUCCCCGCCGCCCCAUUGCGCCUCGGCGGACGGGAUCUCCGACGAGGAGAGCUUCCUGCAUCGCACGACCUGCAGAAGCAUCGGUUACCUUCAGCAGAGCCACGAGGAGCACGAGGCGAGCCGCGACAUCCACGGUUCGCCGUUCAUCAAGGAGACCAACAACAACACUCUGACGGCGUUGCCGCCCGUCUCGACGAUAACGAGCUCCUUGAGUCAUCAUCAUCAUCAUCAUCAUCAUCACCACGUGAGGACUCAUCACAACGCGUGCAACGUACAGCCCAGCAACGAGCAGACGCCCAUGGACCAAUCGGACUGCGACUACUGGACCACCGACGAGACCAAGGAGCAGACCUGCAACAUACUCCUAGAGGAUCUGAACAAGUACUGUUGGUCGGCCCACGCGAACACGCAGAGCCACGGCAACGACAACGUCACCGUUCACCAGGGUUCCAACGACCAUCAUCAGACGGUGGGUCGGGGAUGCGCGGCGAACGACAGACAGAACACGGACGGAGCCAUCUACACGUUGACAGUGCUGAACAACGAGGCGAACUCGAUGGACGCGUUGGACUGCUGCAAGAGCCCAGCGCCCACGUCCAGCGAUUCCUGGUCCCUGCGACCGAACCUGGACCUGGACGCUAUACUGAGCAUGGAGCCCGCCUCCGCCGAACAGGAACACGAUCAAACCUCCAAUGUGAGCGAGGUGUCGCGGACGGUGAACGACAGGUUUCAUCCCGACCGUUUCUCCGUAGCGUCGUCGCAGUACACGACCGACGACAGCGGUUUCGUCGAGAGCAAGGAGUUGUGCGGCCGAGGAUCGUCCAACAGCGGCAAUUGCCCCGGUGGAGACAACAACAACGAUUGGAAGCUCUCCGAUCAGAAUCUUCAGGAAGCAGCCGCGGUGGCAGCAGCCGCGGUCGCUGUAGGUGCCGGUGACUCGGCGGAGAGUCUCUUGCGAAGCGCCCUCCAAGGCAAACUGUACACAGGACCUGCUCAAGUGGUCUCCUCUUCGUCGCCGUCCAAUCAGGGUCCCGCCAUGUCGAUACCCGUCACGAGCAACGCUGGUCUGCAGAUAGUCGCCGAUCAGCAGCAGCAGCAGCAACAGCAGCAACAGCAGCAACAGCAGCAACAGCAACAGCAGCAGCAACAGCAAGACGACUCCAUGCACGCCUGCACCGACGAGGAUCUCUUACUAUCCCAGCUGGAUCAAACGACCUAUCGUCCGGGUGACUAUGAGAAGCUGAAAAGUAUAGCGAACGAAGUAGUGGAGUCUUACUGCAGCCUGGAGCCUGUCUGCAAUGUUUCCGCGACCACCACGGUAAUGUACACCCUGGACCCGACGAGCGGCAGCCUGGGCACCAUCACGCUUCCAGCGGACCUUGGUCAAGUGAGCACGGUGACGGUGGUCACGGCUGCCCAGCAGGAAGUCCUCCAGCAGCAGGCAGCUCCGCGAGCAGACGUAGAGCCACAGCAACCGACCAGCCAGCUUCAGAUGGCUCCUUCGAGGGUCGUUGCCACGAAAGCGCCCAAGAAGUACUGCAGACGCGCCAACAGGAACAACAACAACGCGAACGCGGCCAGCAACGGCAACAGCGGUCCCGAGGCUGCGGGAAACGUUGGUGGUCAACAACAGGGCGCCACCGGUGGUUCUCCAGGCAGCAUCCAGCGCAAGGAACGCUCGCUGCACUACUGCAGCAUCUGCAGCAAGGGCUUCAAGGACAAGUACAGCGUGAACGUGCACAUCAGAACGCACACCGGCGAGAAACCGUUCGCCUGUUCCCUCUGCGGCAAGAGCUUCCGACAGAAGGCUCACCUGGCGAAGCACUACCAGACCCACGUGACGCAGAAGCCCAGCGUUCAGCAACAGGCGACAGGGAACAGCACCAGCAACAGCGGGAAUCCUAGCCCAUCGGCCGAGACCACCACCACCACCACGUCGAGCAGCGUGACGAACAGGAGUCAACCUCAUCAGGUGCCGGUGGAUCCCUCGGGGACUGCCUGCAAUCCACCCAGUUAGUUGUGCUGGGACACCCUGGCCGCCCUUUUUCACGUAUUCCCGUCGAUUUUCACGCGCCCAAAUUCCUGCCGCCCCUCUAACCCUGAGGUGGCCACGGUGCGAGGUCUCGUCCUUCUACUCUCUCUUCUCUGGAUCUCUAUUUCUUUCUUCUCUCUCCCCGCUGUCGCUGUUUCUUCUUGCUCUUCCCUUCACGAUGUUCAGAGGCUUCGUUCGCCAAGAGAGCCGAGCGAAGCGGUUCACGAGGUUGGAACACGGUCACAGAGCGAACCAUGACUAAUGGCGACGAUCGCGAGAUCGACGCGUCCGCGGACGGCGCCGAUUUCCUCUCGCGAUCGACCCUCUUCGUCCUAGAACGAAUAUUAGCCUCAAAAUGGCGGAUCCAGGGACUCCCUGGGUAUCGCCGAUAAUUUAUUCGACGAGUUACACGCGAUCUUGAAAAAAAAAAAAAAGAA